GCCAGAUUGCCUUACCCUAACUACCUCCGUUCGCGCAGUUGCCAGGGUAACAGAGACUUUGGUGAGGCAGAGCAGCAACAGACGACCGUUGCUUUUAUGAAGCAGGCCUGUGGGCAAGAUGAUGCUCUCACGGCUGAAACCCGCUGUUGGAGGCGGACCUCAAUCAGCGGAUAAACGCAGAAAGAAAGGCAAACGGCUGCCGCAGCUGGAAGAGUUAUUAACUCAGCGAGAUUUCACUGGGGCCAUUGCCCUUUUAGAGUUUAAGUGUCAGGUUGGAGAACAGGAGGAAGAUGCAGACCUCUGGAUUGGAUAUUGUGCUUUCCAUCUGGGUGACUACAAGAAAGCACUGGAGGAAUAUGAGGAUUUAACCAAGGGAUCUACCUGCAACCCUGAUGUGUGGGUAAAUCUAGCAUGCACUUACUUCUUCUUGGGAAUGUAUACACAAGCUGAACAGGCUGCUUUGAAAGCUCCCAAGAGUAGACUUCAGAACCGUCUAUUGUUCCAUCUAGCACACAAGUUUGGUGAUGAGAAGAAACUGAUGAGCUUCCAUCAGAAUUUGCAGGAUAUAACAGAAGACCAGCUUAGUUUAGCAUCUAUACACUACAUGCGAUCUCAUUAUCAAGAAGCUAUUGAUAUCUACAAACGCAUAUUGCUUGAUAACAGGGAAUAUCUGGCCCUCAAUGUGUAUGUGGCCUUGUGUUACUACAAGUUGGACUAUUAUGAUGUCUCUCAAGAGGUGCUAGCUGUUUACCUUCAACAAGUUCCUGAUAGUACCAUUGCUCUUAACUUAAAGGCUUGUAAUCAUUUCCGACUCUACAAUGGGAAAGCUGCUGAGGCAGAGCUUAAAAGUUUGAUGGACAGUGCCUCAACAUCAUUUGAAUUUGCUAAAGAGCUCAUUAAGCAUAACUUGGUGGUAUUCCGAGGAGGUGAAGGGUCUCUCCAAGUACUCCCUCCACUGGUUGAUGUCAUUCCUGAAGCUAGACUGAACUUAGUCAUUUACUAUCUUCGGCAAGAUGAUGUACAGGAGGCUUACAACUUGAUUAAAGACCUGGAACCUACAACCCCGCAGGAAUAUAUUCUGAAAGGAGUAGUGAAUGCAGUACUUGGGCAGGAAAUGGGUUCAAGAGACCAUUUGAAAAUUGCUCAGCAAUUUUUCCAGCUGGUGGGAGGAUCUGCUAGUGAAUGUGAUACUAUCCCUGGGAGACAGUGUAUGGCUUCUUGCUUCUUUCUGCUCAGGCAGUUUGAUGAUGUCCUAAUAUAUCUCAAUUCAGUGAAGAGUUAUUUCUAUAAUGAUGACACUUUUAACUUUAACUACGCACAAGCCAAAGCUGCUACUGGCAAUACUAGUGAGGCUGAGGAGGUGUUCCUCCUGAUUCAAAGUGAGAAAAUAAAGAAUGAUUUUGUUUACCUCAGUUGGCUAGCACGCUGCUAUAUUAUGAAUAAGAAACCAAGAUUAGCCUGGGAACUCUAUCUAAAGAUGGAAACGUCAGGAGAAUCCUUUAGUCUUCUGCAGCUAAUUGCAAAUGACUGCUACAAAAUGGGCCAGUUUUAUUAUUCUGCUAAAGCUUUUGAUGUGCUUGAAAGAUUGGAUCCUAACCCUGAAUAUUGGGAAGGCAAAAGAGGUGCCUGUGUUGGUAUCUUCCAGAUGAUUGUCGCUGGCAGAGAGCCUAAAGAUACUCUAAGGGAGGUACUGCAUCUCCUGAGAAGUACAGGCAACCCCCAGGUAGAAUACAUUGUACGUAUAAUAAAGAAGUGGGCCAAGGAGAACAGAGUUCCUAUUUAAACAGUGUGAUCAAUGAAUGGAAGGCUGCCAUCUAUAUUGUGCCUGGCUGGAAUACUGUGUCAUUUUGUAGCAGAGCAAAGAUUAUAAAAAUACAAAUCUAUUUAUUUUUACAUAUAAUUAAAUGUCUUUCAUGAAGAGUAUGCAAAUGUCAUAUAUUGUGAAGAGAAUCUCAUUUUGACUUUUAUACAUCUCCUAAAUUUUAUUUUAUGCUACUAUUACUGACUUUGUUGUACAUAUUGGCUUUAAUCUUCAAAAUGUUUUCAUUGUGUGACAAUCAGUACUUUUUUGAGACAGUUCAAGAACUUGCAAAAUACAGAUUUUCCCAGGCCCUAUUUUGAAGCAGAAUAGAAAAAGAGCUCUAGAAUUAGAUUUCAGAUUUUAGUUUUUAAAAGACCCACAUAAAGAAUCCGAAGCUAAACACUUAAAAUGGAACACAAUAAGAAAAUGAUGACCUGAUUAAAUAGUUUUCAUUGUUAUAAUAUAAUGGACAUAAGGAGAAGUAUUGUAAAUAAAUAAAUAACAAUCCAUUUUCAUUUUUAUCAAAGAUUGCUGUUCAUAUCUUCAUCUGUUUCUAUAUUUUUCUUUCUGAUUAAAUUAGGGCUAUAAAUUUGUCAUUCUAUGAUGAAAAGUGUUUUUUUUAGUAUAUUGAUAAAAGUAAAGUGUUGGUUUCAAGAAUAUAUGUAAUACUUAAGGAAAAAUGUCUAAACACAAAAGAACAUUGAAAAUCCAUCAUAGAAUAUGUAUUUAUCUACUUGUAUAUGUUGUAUGUAAAUAAUAUAAACUGAUGUUGUAUAUUCAUUACACAUUUUUUUCAUUCUCUCCUGAAUUUAAUUCUGGAGCAAAUCCCAAAAUAAAUUCAUUUAUAAUUUUU